CGAAGCAGGACCUCCGUUCCGUGGUUAUCCUCGUGACCGACACCGACUUGCUUCGCCGAAGUAACGACGAGACCGUUCGCCGAUCCGUUUCGUUAUUCGUUGGAAACCGAUCGAGAUCGCGCGCUAGUCGAUCUCGAGGAUCGAUCGACGGCGAAGAGCAGUGAGUCGUAUCGUCCGACGAUCGAGGGAAUCGCGCGGUCGGGUCGUGAACCGUGGAAAACGGAUUUUAAGCGGACUCUCUCGUAUCCUGGUCGGAUAUCGAGUAGAACCGAUUCGUUCAGUGAUCGAUGUGCACCACCGAGCCGAAGGAAUCGCGUGGGACGUAGAGCCGUAGUCGAUCGUUGCUUCCACGAGAUAUCGAGGAUAAGAAGAGGAAAGAGGACGAAGAAGAUGCUUCCUGGACGAGGAUUAAUCGUCGUCGUCUUUGGCGUCUGCUUGAUCGGCGCUCUUCUCCAGGUGAGCGAGGCCAGGCCCCGCAUCAGGCACCAGAAAGAUGGCACUCACUGCAGCAGAUGCGGUCCAGGCUGGGGUGUGGUGAAUCGCUGUAUCCGUGGCCGCGACACCGAGUGCGGAAAGUGUUCCGCGGGCACCUACAGCCCUCACCAUAGCACCCACCCCUGCUGGAUCUGUUCGAGAUGUGGUCCAGGACUCUACGAAGCGCACCCAUGCACCUCCAAGACCGACACUGUCUGCGACUCCUGUCACAGGCCGGCACCGGACAACCCAGACUACCACAGAAAGUGCAACGGAAGGACAAACCUCUUCCUCGCGCCGGAAGACGCUCAGGGAACCGGCGAGGAGAGCGUUUUGGUGAACGAACCCGAUGGCCAGGAGCAGUUAUUCGACGGUGAAGAGAUCCUCGAGGAGGACGCCGAGGCGGCGAUCGUCACCAAGGAGCUGAACUCCCUGGAAAGGCUCUAAACGAGACGAUUUUCCAUCCUGGUGGAAGGCAGGUCUAACCAGAGAGUUUAGAAUGUGUUUAGAUUCUUCAAAAGGCUGCGUAGGAUAUUUUUGGAAGGUACAUCCCGGACAGUGUGGGGAAUCGAAUCGGAGGAUUCGAAAUGCAGAGCGGAGAUGCAGAAUUCUUCAGGGAUUCGAUGGAAAUACUCGCGUCUCAGGUUCCAACGUAAGCAGAAUCAUCGUAGCUUGGAACGAUCCUGAAGUCUUUUAAAGCUUGCACUAAGUAUCUUUCGAAAUGAACACUCCUAAGUAGAAGACUUGAGAUCUUUUAUCAGUUUCCAAAAGUAUAUUCGAGAAAUGCAUUAGAACUGACGCUCGUCAAGAAAAUACCGAAAUCUUUUGGGAAUGG